AUGGCUGGACAAAAUCUUAUCGUCAGUCUGUUUGUUCUCCUUCUUCUUGCUUCUUCCUCUGCUGCUACUGAGAUUUUGGCUGAUAAGUCGUCAAUAAACAACGUCUUAGACUUUGGAGCCAUAGGAGAUGGCAACACCAAUGACACUCUAGCGUUUGUGAAUGCAUGGAGUGCAGCUUGUCACAAUAGCACGACACGCUCCACCUUGAUCAUUCCGGCAGGGAAGACAUUUUUGUUAUCUCGUAUCAAUUUCGAAGGACCCUGCAACAACUUCAUUUAUGUAGCGCUUCAUGGAAACCUUAAACGGACAAAUGAAAUAUGGCAAGAAGGUUUCAGCUGGCUUCUUUUCAUUCAAAUUAAUGGCAUAAACAUCACCGGCUCCGGCGAGCUCGACGGGCAAGGGACAGACUGGUGGUCAUGUAAAGAGAAAAAGCAAUGUCCAGAUGAUGCACCCAAUAGUCUACAUAUGAUGAGUUGCACCGAUGCACAGAUUCGGGGGCUGAGGUUGAUCAACAGCACCAUGAUGCAUGUAUCGGUGGCGAAGAGUGAGCGAGUCGAUAUCAGCAACAUCAUCAUCAUCGCCCCCAAGGACAGCCCCAACACCGACGGCAUCCACGUCCAGGAAAGCAAAUUUGUAAACAUCAGCAACUCCAUAAUUGGGACAGGAGAUGACUGUGUGUCACUGAGCGAAGGUGUUGAGGACAUUACUAUACGUAAUGUAACAUGCGGCCCUGGCCAUGGAAUAAGCAUUGGGAGCUUGGGCAAAGAUGAGUCCCGGGCAACAGCAUCAAAUAUCUAUGUCUCCAACUGCACCUUGACCCAAACAACCAAUGGAGUCAGGAUCAAGACAUGGCAGGGAGGUUCUGGAUUUGCGAGGAACAUAUCAUUUGUGAAUAUUACCAUGAAUGACGUGAGUCUCCCCAUUAUUAUAGAUCAGUACUACUGUCCUAACAGCGUCUGCGAUGUCCAUGAAUCAGCAGUAGAAGUGAUCGAUGUGAAAUAUAUUGGAGUGACAGGAAGCUCAUCGAGGGACGUAGCAGUCGCUUUGAAUUGCAGCCAAAGUGUGCCUUGCAAUGGCAUCGUCAUGGACAGUGUUAAUCUGUGGCAUGCAAAUGAAGGAGAAGAGGUGCAGUCUCACUGCAUCAAUGCCAAUGGAUCUGCAAGGAAUCAAGUCACGCCUGCUGUCUCUUGCUUGACCCAGGGAAACCUUGCUAGUUAG